AUGUCGUCUAUACACGAAAAGCCCAUGUCCUCUGUACAGGAAGUACAAGAUAAGGAGAUACCCGAUACGAUUGCCUCCAACCCGGAGGCCAAGGCUGCCAGAGACUACGAGGAGCAUCACAACUACAUGCAGACCGUCUCGAAGUACCUCCCCGCGAUCAAAUGGUCCAUCUUCUUCGCCAUGACCAUUGUCGGCGAGGGUUACGACCUCGCUCUGAUGGGCAACUUUUUCUCCUUGGAUCAGUUCCAGAACCUCUUCGGUUACGCUCCGCAAGGGGGCGCUGUCAAGGAGAUCCCAACACUCUGGCAGUCCUUGAUUCUUACUUCAAGCCAGGCCGGUCAAGUUGCGGCCAUGUACUUCGCCGGUCUGUUUGGCUACAGAAAGACGAUGAUGUUCUCUCUCGGAUCAAUCAUGGUACUACUUCUCGUCAACUUCUUCGCGCCGGCGGUCUUGCCCACGGGAGGCUAUAAGGCUGGUCUCGGCAUGAUCUUCGCCGGCGAGUUCCUCUUGGGACUUCCUUGGGGAGCUUUCCAGGCCUGCGUUCUACCCUAUGCUUCCGAUAUCUCGCCCCUCAAGCUUCGCCCGACUCUCACCACUUUCGUCUCUAUGUGCUGGAUUUUCGGCCAGCUCUUCUCGACGGCGGCAAUCAAGGGUGUUACGAACAUCGAAUCCAACGACCUCAUGGCAUACCGCAUCCCCGUCGGCAUCCAAUGGAUAUGGCCGCUUCCUGUUCUCCUCUGCGUCUUCCUUGCCCCCGAAUCGCCUUGGUGGCUCAUGCGCCAAUCUCGUUCCGACCUCGCACGCAACUCCCUUGCAAGACUCAACAAAGAUCCGACGUAUCCAGUUGACGGUCAGGUCAAGGUCCUCGAGCUCACCAACGAGCAGGAGAAGAGCAGUCAGGAAGAUUCCAAUAUUACGUACCUGGAGUGCUUCCGCGGCACCAAUCUUCGCCGUACCAUGAUUGUCGUCACCAUGAACUUGACGCAACAGCUCUGCGGUUCGGCCCUCAUGUUUUACUCAGCCAAGCUAUACCAGAAGGCAGGCAUGAGCAGCUCCAAGUCAUACGACUUUACGCUCAUCCAGUACGCAAUCGGCAUCAUCGGUAUCGUCUCUUCUUGGCCCCUGAUGAACUACGUCGGACGCAGAACCAUCUGGCUCUGGGGAUUGAUGGGAUCCAUCGUUCUCAUGACAGGUGUCGGCGUGCUAGGCUUCCAUAGCGAUUCGCACCCGGCAGUUCCUUGGGUCAUCGCAGUCAUGCUCGUGAUCUUCACAGGAGUCUACAAUCUUUCCAUCGGACCUCUCGUGUAUGCUAUUAACCCCGAGAUUCCUUCGACCCGACAAAAAGCCAAGACACUUGUUAUCGGCCGAGUAGCCUAUCUCAUCGCAGGACAAUUCAACAUGUGGCUUUUGCCAAGGAUGUUGGAAAACGCUCCCAACGGAUGGGGUCUUGGACCUCGCACGGCGCUGGUGUACGCUGCUAUCAAUGCCGCCUUCUAUGUCUGGGCCUACUUUUGUCUGCCCGAGGUCCGAGACAGGACUCAGGCCGAGAUGGAUGAGCUUUUCAAGCUUAAUAUACCUGCUCGAAAGUUCCGCAGUACCGAGCUGACGGCUGAGUAA